CUCUAGGGUUUUGCUCGCUGUCUCUCUCCUGUCUCUCUCUCUCUCUCUCUCUCUCUCUCUGCCAUGGCGGAGCAAACUCACCAUCCAGCCGCACCGUGUUGGAGCAACGUGGUGAAGCAAUCAUCACCGAACCAACCACGUCAGGACCUCGCGGCGGCGGUUCCUAAUGGAGCGGUUGUUGGCAACUGCAAGUCAAGCAAAGGCAUCGCCGUGGCUGUGGUGGACGCCAACGCCAUCAUACAAGGCGGAGAAGGUCUGGCCAACAUCGCCGACAAGUUCGUCUCUGUCGCCGAAGUCAUGAACGAGGUCCGCGAUCCCACGUCCCGCCACCGCCUUAAUUUCGUCCCCUUCACCGUACAAACCAUGGAGCCCUCUCCGGAAUCCCUCAAAAAAGUUGUUAGUUUUGCAAGGGCAACUGGUGACUUGCAGACACUUUCAGAUGUUGACCUCAAGCUCAUUGCUCUGACGCAUACAUUGGAAGCUCAGAUCCAUGGUACUAAACAUCUCAGAGACAGCCCUCCCCCUAUUCACACAGUUAAUGUGAAAAGGCUGCCUGAGAAGGACAUGCCUGGGUGGGGGUCAAAUGUUCCCAAUUUGGAAGAGUGGGAGGCAUUGGAUCAUCAAGGUGAGGAUAAAUCAAAUCCUGAUUCCAGGAUCCUCCCAUUGAAAGACCUAAACCUAAAUGUCCUCUCCACGGAUCACCAUAGUAGUGCUGAAGAUGGUUCAAUGGGAAAUGGAAGUGCUUCCUCUGUUGGAAAUCCUGAGGAUGCCAGUAGCAGUUUUGAAAAACCCAAGAGAUAUUUUGCCAAGAAGGAGAUAAACACUGAAGGAAAGAAGAUGGUGGCAGAUGGAAUUGAUGCAUCUCAGGGACAAUAUGAUGAUAAUGCUGAUGAUUGGCACCCUGCUGUAAGCAGAAGUACUCAUAGAAGAUAUCUCAGGAGAAAAGCGAGACGUGAGAUGUAUGCCUCAAUGUCUGAAGAAGAUAGUCAACAAGAUAAAGUGGGGCAUAUAGGAAGUGAUAACAUUGAAAACAGAAGGCAGUCAGAUCAGCUGAUCAAUUCUGAUGAAGCACAUAAUCUAGAUGCAGUUUUAGAGGAAGGAGAUGUCUCAGAAGGGAAGAACAUUGAUGAGGAGCUUUCUUCAAUUUUAAACCAAGUGAGACUGGAAGAAGAUUCACUAAGAGAACUUCAAGAAGGGAACGAGCCUUGUGCAGGACCUGAGCCUAAUAAUUCCAUGGGAAAUGAAGCUGUGUCUGGCAAUGGAGAUAUAUGUGUUGAAGGAGAUGAUGUUGUGAAUUUUGAUGAUGGAUUGGAACAUGUUGAGAUUUCAAGCCAGAACACUGGAAGCCUUGAUGCAUCACUGAUUGAUGAUGACAGUACUGAGCAGAGCUGGAUGUUGAGAUCCUUGUCUGAGUCAACUGUAGCUUGUGUAACAAGUGAUUUUGCAAUGCAAAAUGUUCUUCUGCAAAUGGGUUUACGUUUGUUGGCACCUGGAGGCAUGCAGAUCCGCCAGCUGCAUAGGUGGAUACUCAAAUGCCAUGCCUGCUUUAAGGUGACCACUGAAAUUGGUAGGAUAUUUUGCCCCAGCUGUGGGAAUGGUGGCACACUAAGGAAGGUAGCUGUCACAGUUGGUGAAGAUGGAAUUGUUGUUGCUGCACGUCGACCACGCAUAUCCUUGCGUGGCACAAAAUUUUCUUUGCCCUUACCCCAAGGGGGAAGAGAUGCUAUUACGAAGAACCCUGUUUUACGAGAAGAUCAGCUUCCUCGGAAGUUCCUGUACCCAAAAACAAAGAAGAAGAAUAAACAGGGAGACGACAUAUUUGCUUCAGAUGACAUCUUUUCGCACCAUAGCACCGAUAAGAGAGCACCCCUGCAGCCUCCUGUAAGGAAAGCUUUGGCAGUUUUCAGCGGAAAGAGGAAUCCAAAUGACAACCAUUUUGCUCGUCCUAAACAUUAGAGGGUCUUAAAACACAUCACAUUUUUGCAUCUAUUAUGACUUGAUAGAAUGGCAGGAUUUUGAGAAUAGGCUGCCUGAACAAGCAAAUAUAAGUUUUGAUGAGUUCAAGGCUCAAUAGCCUGAAACUAUAAUUUGUUCCAUGACUGUUGGGAGCUUUGUUUUUUUGGGUUUCUUUGGGUUUCCAGCCCAUAUCUUGGAUUUGUAAUUAAGUAAUGGUUCUGAUUGGUUGUGGGUGGUUUCUCUGCUCAGCCAUUGAUGAUUGGAUUGUAUGGCUAUUGUUUUUUCAAUUAUUUGGUCAGGUUUUUUCAC